AUGAAAACCCUCUACAAAAACGCCCACUUCAUCACUCCCCAGUCCCCCAACCCAACAUGCAUGGUCACCGAGAACGACCGCAUAAUCUACCUGGGCGAGGAAUCCACCGCAGCGACCCUCCACCCAGACAGCGAGAUCCACGAUCUAGAAGGCCGUAAAGUCCUCCCCGGCUUUAUUGACGGGCCUCUCCAAAAUCAACCUAGGGAACUGCACUUCCCUCUCCGACAUCCGCAGUACCAUCAAAGCCGCCGCCGCCGCCAACCCGACGGCGCCCGGCUCUUCUGCCGCGGGUGGAUGCACUCUAUGACCAACGGCGAAGCCUGGCCGCCAUGCUCGACGACCUCGACCCGCGCCCCAUCUUCAUUGACUCCAAGGACCUGCACUCCGCCUGGUGCAACUCCGCCGCCCUCAGCGAGCUCAACGUCGCCAACACCCCCCGACCCCGCCGGCGGCGUCAUCCACCGCGACGCCGCAGGCAACCCCACCGGCCUCCUCAGCGAAGCCGCAGCUGUGAACAUCGUCUGGCCGCACGUCGCCAAGGUUGCCUCUCUCGACGAGAAGCUGAACUUCAUCCGCGCCGGCAUCCGCGAGUACACGCGCGCCGGGUACACGGGCGUCGUGGAGAUGGCCACGGACGAGAACCUGUGGAGCACGGUCCUCGCCCUCCGCGAACGGGAGGAGGUCAACAUCCGGCUGGCAGCGCACUGGAUCAUCUCCCCGAAGGACGACGAAGAAGAGGUGCUGCGCCAGGUUGAUCGGGCGAUCGAGCUCCAUAGCCUGUACAACGCCGCCACGAGUCCCGAUUUGCGGAUCGCCGGCAUCAAGGUCAUCUGCGACGGGGUCGUGGAUGCCUGCACGGCAGCCCUGACCGAGCCCUACGCGUCGAACGGGGACAACUGCGCCCCGCUCUGGGACGCCGAGAUGCUCAAGAAGGUGGUGCGGAAGGCGGACCGCGCGGGCCUGCAAUGCGCACUGCACGCUAUCGGCGACGCCACGGACGCAAAGCGCCUCGCCGACCUGGGCAUCACCGCCUCCGUGCAGCCCGUGCAUGCCGACCCGGCUAUCCUGCGCGCCUGGCCGCGCCUGCUGGGCCCGGACAGGUGUGGCCGCGCGUUCGCCUACCGGGAUUUCUUGGACCACGGCGCGCAUCUGGCUAUUGGCACGGACUCGCCCACCGCGCCGCAUUUGCCGCUCAGGAAUCUGUACACGGCCACGACGCGGCGCUCGGCCAGGGAGCCUGAGUCGCUGGAGACGGUGAAUGAGCAUUUCAGUCUGGGGUUGUUGGAGGCUAUUACGGCUGCUACCGGGGGGUCGGCGUACAGCUGCUUUGCGGAUGGGUUCGCGGGAACGCUGGAGGUGGGCAAGAAGGCGGAUUUCGUGGUUGUUGAUAUGGCUUGGGAGGCGGAGCGGUUGUUGGAGGCGGAGGUGUGGGAGACGUGGUUUGAUGGGAGGCGGGUGUGGAGGAGGGAAUAG